AUGAAUGCACGAACGCCCACACAGGCUAGCAGGGCUCCUGCGGGCGGGCAGACGCCGGCAGCCGACAGCACACAUGCGCGAUCGCCGCAGACAGUGGCCGAGCAGGUGCGCAGCAUCAUCUACCCGUCGAGCUACGAUAAGAUCAGCAGGGCGCGCGAAGUACUGCAGGAUGCACGUGUGGCCUCUACCCAUGUGGGCAUGCAGCUGGCGCAGGCGGACCGGCGGCAGCUGGCAGUGAAGCGCACGCAGCUCAACGAGCUGUUCAGCCGACAGUCACGGGAAACGCUGUCGAGCUCGGACUACAGCGAGUUCCUGGAGGGCUACAUGAUCACGCACGAUGCGUACGGCGGACUGGCGGUUCUGACAGCAAUGCGGCAGCACGGACAGAAGGCAACGCUGGCGCAGUACAAUAUGGUGCUGAAGACGGCCGCGCAGGACUUCAAUGCGCGGGCAAUCUACGAGAUCGGCGAGGAGAUGCGCAUCGCCGGUCUGCUGCUGAGCCUCAGUAAGCGCGGGCAGCCGGAGCUCGCCUAUAGCGUGUAUAUGGAAAUGCAGACGCGCAAUGUCGCAGUGCAGCGCAAUGCCUGCCAUGAGCUGAUCUGCGCGCUGGGCGCCAUUGGCGAAGUUGAUCUGGCGUUCAGUGUGCUGCGCGCAGCAAUGGCCGCAGCUUUGGCGUUUGACCAGACGACCAGCCUGGCAUUGCUGCGUGCGGCCGGUGCGGCACUGCACCAUGACGCGUAUCGGCACAGCUUCGAGCAGCUGACGCAGGUGUUUGGCAGUUCGCUGGCCGAGGGCGACUAUAUUCUGGGCCUGCAGGUGGCCGCGCGGCACGGCGACGUAUCGCUGGCCACAUCGAUCAUCCGGGCAAUGCAGGGCCACGGCUACGCAAUGCAGGAGCACCACCUGGAGCCGCUCUUCGAGGCACUGGUACAAAAGACGCAGUGGCUGCCGGCGCUGCGUGUGCUCGAGACCAUGCGCAGCGCAGGCCACGGCGCCGAGCCAGCGACCGUGCGCUGCCUGAUGCGCAAACUGCAGGGCGCCAAGGCCGAGGAGCUGACCGAGCACGUGUUCUCCUUGCUAGCCAGCCACAGCGCCGAGCUGCCGCACGCGAUCUCCACAGCAACGCUCAAUGCCCUGGUGGGUGCCCUGGCCAAGUCGCGGUGUGUCGAGGCGGCGCUGGACCGCCUGGACCGGGGUGCGAGCGCGCGCGCAACAAGGCUACAGCAGGAGGUUUUGUUUGCGCGGCUGCUGGACGAGGACCGGCUGGUGCCGAGCCAGCGCGCGUACGAGGCGAUGCUGGGCACAUGUCUGACGCAGUACGUGUACGAGGAUGCGUUUGUGUAUCUCGAGUCAAUGAAGGCCCACGGCAUGGUGCCUGGCUGGAAGACGUACUCGAAGAUUGUGCGGCGGUGUGCCCGUGUCGCCGACCCGCGCGCCCACACUGCCAUGCAGGAGAUGCGCGAUCUCGGCUACGCUGCUGCCCGCCGCAAGCCCAGCAAGUCCGACAAGGACUCCGAGCCGCUCAGCACACCUGACCCCAGCACAAAAGUCCCUGAUCUCGAGACGCUGCUGGGCGAUUCUUUAUUUAAGGUUUAA